CGAGUGCCCUGCUCCAGGGGGAUUUCAUGGCUGCGAUACAUGUUCUGAAUGAACCAAUGAUUUCCUGAGGUUGGGUGUCACCGCGAAACUGAUUCUAGUAUCCAACAGCCGGUUGAUCGUCAGUUGCGGCAACGUUCGACAAUGCGCCAACAAUCCAGUCCGCAGCAGCGGGCAAAAGAGCAAACAAAUCCGCCAGAUGUGCCGCUGCAAUUGAAAGCGGAUUCACAUGCCAGCGAAGACUCCGUAGAGCCAGGGGAGACUCGGAGAAGCUCAGACUUGAUUGACAAUGUACACGAUGAAUUUGACUUUAUUCAGUGGUACCAUGACGUUGAAGAUGGGCUAUUGGAUGCUAGCUACGAUGAAUAUCAGUCCUAUCUCGACGAACUCCAGAUGUCGAAAGCUCAUCUGGAUGCACUUUUGAUCGAUACCUCCUCCACGCUUGACCUACUCAGCACCCUAUCCGAGUCCUUCCAGGCGGUAGAAUCACAGACAUCGAACUUCCAGAAACAAUGUGAGGGCUUGCUGUCUGUGCAGAACAAGUAUACCGAGCUCGCAGACAGUAUUCAGGAUAACCUCCAAUACUACGACCUGCUGGGCCCCGCUUCAAGACGGCUCAAUGCCCCAGGUGCCGGAAGUACUGUCCGAGGGAAGGAGUUCUCGGACAUGCUGAGGCGAUUGGACGAAUGUCUAGAUUAUAUGGAGACACAUGUCGAGCAGAAGGAAGCCGAAGUUUACCGGUCGAGAUACAGGCUUCUCAUGACUCGCGCUCUGACCUUGAUUCGGGGUCAUUUCGUUUCUUCGCUGCGUGACAUAUACAACAGCGUCUCUAAACGGAUUGCCGAUCGACAGCUUAAUGACACAACUAUGUCAGCCUUGUUGUACGCCAAAUUCAGAGUUGGCGCGCCGGAAUUAAAACAAAUAGGUCUUGAGAUUCACAAGAGAGCAGUUCCUCCGGUGGACCCUGAGCAAGGGACAGAAGCCGAAUACAAAAGCCUUCUGAAUGAGCUUCAUGCGAAUUUCUCUGCCACCCGCGGAAGAUUGAUUGUCCCACUGGUCCGCAAGAAGCUCAAUGAUAUCUCACAAGCGCCUAGUACAUCAAAAGAUUUGGUGGCGUUUGCUCGUGCGAGCAUCAGCUACAUCCGCGGUAUUUGUCUAGACGAAUAUGACCUCUGGGGCGAAUGGUUCCAUGGCCAGGAAGGCCUAUACGAUUUUCUCGAGACGAUAUGCGAGCCACUCUAUGACUACCUACGGCCGAGGAUCAUCCAUGAAGACAAAAUAAUCAAGCUCUGUCAACUCUGCACCCUGUUACAGACCAGAUAUUUUUCAGAUCCUGAUGAAGACACGGAGAAUACGGAUGUGACUAAUCUGGACUUCUCCAUUCUUAUUCAACCAGCUCUCGAGGAUGUUCAGACUCGCCUAGUAUUCCGUGCCCAAGCCUUCCUUCGCGAUGAGAUUGAGCGGUACAAGCCACGCCCGGGCGAUCUCGAUUAUCCAGCUCUUAGCAGACAGAUCUCAUUAUCGGUGACAAAUGGGAAAACUUCAGGCCGCAAAGCAAGCGCUGUCGAUAACCUACGCAAUACACCGAGAGAUGCCGACGAUGAUUCCGCGGACCAAGACACCAAGUGGGAUUUCAAUCCCAAAGAUACUCCCAAUGGGUGGUAUCCCACUCUGCGCAAGGCCAUCUGGCUUUUGAGUCGAAUCUAUCGCCUUGUCAACUCGACCGUGUUUGAUGACUUGGCUCAUCAGAUUGUGCAUCAAACGACCUUAUCUCUUCACCAAGCGAGGACUCAGGUGUCCAACAAAUCAUCUAGUGCUGACGGACAGCUAUUUCUCAUGAGCCAUCUUUUGAUCCUCAAGCAACAGAUCGUUGCCUUUGACAUCGAGUACGUUGCUCCCGAGGUCUCAUUCGAUUUCUCCGGAAUCACCAGCACUUUCUGGGAACUUCGAGAGCGCGGUGGCCUUUUCAACCCGCGCAACCUGAUACAGCUAGUCGGCAACGGUCUUCUGCCGCGCGUUGUGGAGAACAUGUUGGAUGCCAAGGUUGAACUUGACGGGGGUCUGAGAACGGUGAUCAACGAGUUCAUCAAUGGGUUUGCGACCAAGAUGACCGACACCCUUCCCACCAAAUUCGUGGACAAGCGGAACAGCCAACAGCGCGGAGGAGAAGUCAUUAUCCCCACGUGCCGGAACAUCGAGAAAGAAGUCACGACUCUCCGAAGUGUCCUUAACGACUACCUGGACGACGUACGGAUGAAGGAGACUCUUGUCGGCGCGGUCCAAGACCGAGUUAUUCAGGUUUACGAGGAAUUCUUCGACAAGUAUACCUCCUCCGAGAGGAAAAAGGGCCUCUCAGUCAGCCGCAAGGGCAAGGGCCGCGAAGACGCAGUCUGGGACGUCGACACCUUUGCGGAAUGGUGCGAUGAGGUCUUCCGCGUUGGUAUCACGGAUAUGCAUCGGUCGUCCGAUGACGAAGUCGAAGACGACGACGACGACGAGGAGGAGGAUGAAGUCAUGAGUGGCAGCGUUGGUCGAAGUGUUACCAGUGGCCAUACAUAGUUAGCCUCCCAUGAUUUGGUUACCAAGAUAUAGAUACCUACCCAACCAUAGCCGAUGUGAUUGUACAUACUUUUUUCCCUUUCAAGCAAUAUAGCUUUUCCCAUCAGAUUGA